AUUAAGUGACAAAGCCGAAACUUCAAACGAAACCGCCAUAUUUUGGAUUAUAAUUUAAUAGAAAGGCUAUAAAAAUGGAUCGCACGGUCAUCGCGCCCUGGAAGGCGGAAGAGAAGGAGCAGAGUGAAAGACUCUACAGAAAGUUGCAGGGUCUGGCCCUGGUCCACCCGAUGCCCGAUGAGAUGAAGAAACUCCUGAAUUGGGACAUGUUCCUGAAGCCCAACCAGGCUGCCUUCUUCCACGUCAUGUACUAUCUCUUCCGCCUGCUGGAUCCUGCGGAAUUCAAGCGCCGCUUUUUCUGGCCCAUCACGGAUAAAAAGUCUGAGGCCAACUUUCGGUCCAGCACGGUGGAGUAUCUGAAGCAUCUGAAUGAGAAACACCAACUCCAGUGGACCAACAUCAAAUCAUAUCUGGUGGUGAUGCCCGGAGGCAUGAGGUUCAUUAACUUCCUACUAGAAUUUGUGGGAUUCGUGAUCAGGGAGCUCAUAAAGCAGCGGGAAAAGUCGCUGGCAGAUUCCGAUGUGCAGAAUGCAGACGUUAAGGCGAUGGCCCGCCAAAACGCCGUCAUGAAGGACUACGCCUCAGACUAUGUGGCGAACCUGGAGGAGAAUAUGGCUCUUUUGAAGCACAAUACCCAGAAGAUCAGGCGAACAAUAGAAGAUCUGGCAAAGGAAGCUGGUAUACCCGAGGAGCUGCUUUUGGACGAAAACUUUCUGGAGGAGUUCGAGGCCAGCAAUCGAAGGGCUUUAGAACGAAAAAUAUCUCAACCGGCGGAGAAGGAUUUCAAACUUGAAGAAUCUCUGUGUGGUCUCAAGGAGGACAUUGAAAAGUUCCAAGCCAAGCAGUCUGAGCACAAUCGACGAAAGGAAGCGGUGGAUAGUGUCCUAAAUGGGUUCCGUGGGAUUUUCGGUUCCGAAACAUUCACAGAAGAAGAUUUUGAUAAUCCUCUAAUUGGAUCUAAAAUUGAAGCCCUGGUGAAGGCUUUCAACCAAGUGAGCAGCACGGUGGCCGAGCAACUGGAUGCCAACGAUCACUACAACGAGUCCAACGAGUUUGUCACCACAGAUCUUCAGGCGCUGCGCGUAGAGGUGGCCCAGAUUGAGAGCCAACUUACCAACGUCCAGAAAGACCUUAAUACGCAACUGCACCAGAUCAGGGAACGAAAGGAGGCGGAGGAAAAAGAAAAAAGAAUGGGUGCUCUGGCUUCGACUCAACUUCAACUACCAACUACGCCCCGUUUGGAAAGCCGCUUUCAGGACAUUGCCUCAAAAUUUGUGUCCACCCCGCCGAUUAGGAUCGACUUGGCGGGUGCCAGUGGAAGCAGUGCUCCAGUACGCCUGGCCCUCCAGGAUGACUACCAUGCCAAGCAGUUCGACGCAUUUAGCAAUAGCUUAUUAGCGCCCGCUCCUCCUCGGUCCGCGCGCAAGCCCAAGGGCCUCGACCAGUCGACGUCUGUGGAUCUUAAUGGGACAAUGAACCGGUCCAAGAUCAACGAUCCCAUGGAAUUGCUGCGCACCAUUCAUAAAAACACAAACAAGCCUAGGAACGCCCCGCAAGCCAAUAUCUCUUCGUUGGGAAGCAAAUGGAAACAGAUGCAAGCUUCAUUUGGAUUCGAUGAGGCGUCAGCUCCAGCAGCGACCUCUCCCCAGAAGUCCUCAGCGGAUUCCUGUGAUCCUUUCACCCCUCUCAGUGGCAGUGACUGCACACGUGUGGAGCGCGUUGUCACUGAAACGGCCAACUCCCUGAUGGCCAAAAGCGCUGCGGUUAUGAAGGUCCUCAAGGAUGCCUCCCAAAGUUUCCAGAAUCUCAGCACAUCUCCGUCGGGUAGGCUAGAUGCCUUGGUAGCUGGACCGCAAUCUGAGUUCCCGCUGGAGUUGACCCCACGACUUCAAGUCAACGAUGUCACCAUUUUGGAAUCCCAAGCGUUUAAGACGGACUCAAAUAAGGAAAACAAUGUCAAUGUCCCGAAUCUGUCGCUGUUCGACUUUAGUAAGAACGGAGACGACGACGAUCUGCUGAAUAUCAGCGAUAGUAUUCUUAAGGACAUUAUCAUGUAGUGGGAAGAAAGAAAGGAUACGCGCAACCACAUGUGGGCAGUAUUAUUUAUUUUGUGUACAUUCUUAGAAUUCUUUACAACUGAAUGCUACAAAAAGUUAGUUGUCACGGCCACUCGUUCUUUACCCGUUUACAAAAUCAGCCUUUCAUAAAUGAAUGAUUUGAGCGUUUUCUGAUUGAAAUGGAGAAGCGGGGAUAUGGUGAAUUUUCAGAAAAUAAAAAACCAUAUUGGAGAAGGAUGAUGUUCGUGGAAUUCAUUUUUAUUAAAUUCGAAAAUAAUAAUGUAACUGAAAGUAACGUGAUCGAGUUAAUUCGUAAACUAAGGAGUAUGAAUGUGAGAUAUGUACUAUGUGUUCCUGCAUACAUAAAUCGUUUUUGUAUUGUA